AUGGCGGAUGAAGAGGCGGGGCCUUCUAAGGCGAAAAGGAUCAAAACUACUACAAAAAAAGAUGAUCCAGAACUGUUAUCUGAACGGGAGUUGGAACAAAUGUUAUAUGAAUUGGAGGAUGAUUUGAAUCUAGAAGGUGAUUCGGAUGCUGAUUACUACGCGGGAGUGGAGUCUUCAGACGAAGAUUAUGUUCCGCCCCGUCGCGAUUCGGACGCUCAAAAUAAAAGUGAGGAUAGUGAUGAUAGUGAUGUCCAGCAACAAACAAAUAAAAAUAUUACUGCAACACCUACAGUUCCUGCAGCCCCAUCAACCCCCCAAUGUGAUAGUCCGUCCACGCAACACAGGAAUUGCAAGAUGUUUUAUAUCAUUAGGUGUAAUGUUCAAAAAUAUUUACCUACAACUUUAAAAUACAUUAUAUGGAAUUAUCCAGAAGCCGGCCACGGCAAAGGAGCACCCGACGGUAUAGGAGGCUGUGUCAAACGUACUGCUGCUUCUUUCAUUUUGAUAGAUCAAGAUAUUUCGUCAUUUGAAAUAUUUAUGAGUCUAUUGCCGUCAAAUGUAAAUAAAAUAAUAAUUCUAACAGUCACUGGUGAAAACAUUAAAAACUACAUGUUCCCAGAUAGGGUGAAGACUUUCAAAGGAACUACAAAUGUUCAUCUGGAGCAAAGCUGA